AUGUCUAGGUUUCCAUGGGACUUGAUAUUCAGAAGCUUGAGCAAAGGGAAUAUCACAGUGGCAGGUGAUGCCUUGCAUCCUAUGACACCAGACCUAGGACAAGGUGGUUGCGCUGCAUUGGAAGAUGUCGUUGUUUUGGGCAGACACAUUGGAAACUUAAAUAUCCGAAACAAAAGACUUGUUGCUGGAGAACCGUUGGCAGGAGCCUUGGAAAGAUAUACUAAGGAGAGGAGGUGGCGUGCCGCUACCUUGAUCACGGGGUCGUAUCUAUCAGGGUGGGUACAACAAGAUGGUUCUAGGUGGUGGAUGAAAUUCUUCAGGGAUGUGAUUUUCUAUAGGCUUCUCUUCACUAGAAUAUUUAAUUUUAUACAGUAUGAUUGUGGGGAGCUGCCCUGUGUUUCAUCAAACAGUCCUGACUUGGAGAACCGAAGUAAGAUUGAGUAG